AUUAUUUUCACUAAAAUGAUUAAUAAUAAUUAUACUCAUUAGGUACACAAUGUAUUAUUUAGACAUCACUUGCCUUCUAAUAUCAUGUUUAUUUAUUGUGUUUGUGAAAUGCAUGGAUAAAAAUCCUGCACCAAGGUUUGGAAUUUAUGAAAGAAAAGAUGGAAGGUAUUUUUUGAAAGUUAUAUUUUUUUAUGUUAUAUUAACGAUCAUAGGGUUUAAACGAAGACUGAGCAAUUUAAGGAAAAAAUUUCGCCCUUUAGAAAAAACACAAACAUUAUCUUUCUCACAAAAGAAUAUUGAUGUAAUCUCAUUGGAAGGAUCAGAUAAAUACGGAGACUCUGUGAUUUUAAAAGUUACUAGGAGAAACAGUAAACAAACAGGAUAUAUGUUCUUGAAAAUUGGUGAAAGCAAAUUUAAAGCUUCCAUCAGUUUAGACCCGUAUGUAGAUAAAAAUGAAGAUUAUGGAGAAACCUUUUCUACUGACGAUCUUAAACUAAACAUAAUUGAACCGCUGAAAGCGUGGAGAGUGACUUACAGAGGAGAAAUGGCUGACUGUGAUCAUAAUAUUAGUAAGACCCAUAAAGUUGAAGUUCAAGGUAUAUGGAUAACUGAUAUACCCGUCUUCCAUUUUGAAGAUGCAGAUGCAUUAAAUUUUGCAAAACGCCUGGCCUACGAAAAAUGGAAUAGAGACCACUUUCUUAAUUUAAAAAGAUCUAAAGCUACACAUUACGAGCAGUUUGGAACUUUGUUAGUAAAAGUAAAAAUUGAUGAUCAAGUACAUAAAUUGAAAAUAGAUACAAUCAAAAGUCGUUACUUGGGCCAUGAUAACAUGAGUUACGUGUGGAAGGAAUGUGUGCAUCGAUUUAUAAUAGAUGGAAGAGAUUGCUUUACUUUACGUCAUACCUGUAAUCCAAUAGUUACUUCUCGAAUGAUUGAGGGAUUUGUUUACAGUUCUAAAGAAAAUAAAACAUAUCCAAUUCAAAGUUCUAGCUUACAACUAUACAAAUUUGGAGGAAUAAAAGAUCCGCCACAAGAUUAUGGAUUUACUAUAAGAGCAGGCAAGACAGACUAUCAAAUUCAAGUAAAAGUUACCGAUACUUCUCAAGUUUCGACAGAGGAAAGCAGAAACAUUACAACUUACUUUCAAACAAAUACCGUUGAAGUGAAUGGAAUAAACGGCUGGGGUAUAUCUAAAUGGUUAUACCAAAAUAUUGAAUAACCAACACUCACAUUAGAAGCAAAACAUAGGCAAUUUUAUUAUUAAGGAAUUGAAUAAAAAAAUUACUUGAU